AUGUCCCUCGGGACCUUCUUGCAGGAUGAGAACUAUGGCUCCUGGGCAGAUGAGAUGGAGGACAUGCCCCUCCCGACCUCCGACACAAGACCAAGCUAUGGGUCAGAACGAAGAGCGUUUAGCACAACUACGGGCAUGGGCAAUGGCUAUCCAGAACGCCGAGACACCUUCCCUGCAAGAGAACAACUCCCCCUCCCCACGCAACCCCCUUUCACUGCACAUCUUGCAAAUCUAUCCUUCGACGCCACACAGGGAGAUAUAAACGAUUUUUUUCGCGACUGCCAGGUCACAAACGUCCGCAUUGUGGAAGACAAACAAGAUCGCAAGCCCAAAGGAUUCGGCUAUGUUGAAUUUGCAACUUUGGAUGGUCUCAAGGCUGCAUUGGCUCUCAGUGGCAACAACUUGGCAGGUCGCCAAGUUCGUGUGAGCGUCGCCGAACCACCCAAGGAAAGACAUGAGACCCGCGAUUUCAGCGAUUGGUCAAGAAAGGGACCUCUUCCAGAACUGCCAAAUCAACGUAGAGUGUCUGACAGGCCAGGAGGCUAUGGAGGCCGCAGCUUUGAUAACAUGUCCGAUGCUGGAAGUGAGAGAGGCCAUGGCAACGAGCGUGGCCAUCGGCGAGGAUUUGGGGGGGAAGGAGAUGGAAAGGUGAGGGACUUCUCGAAUUGGGAAAGAAAAGGUCCGUUGUCACCGGUCACUCCGGGACCCACGACUCUCCGGGAGGGCGGGAGACAAGGAAGCAAGGAAGGCUACGGCUUCCGCAAGAAUUCGCCGUCCUGGGGCGAGGCAAGAUCGCAGGAGGGAUCUCGACCCCCACGACGCGAAUACGCCGAACGCCCCCCUCCUGAGCGACAGCCGACAGCACCGGAGCUCGACAAUCAAUGGCGCGCUAGAAUGAAACCUGAUUCUGCCAAAGCGCCGACUCCCGAAGCCAGCGAGCCUUCAUCUCCUGCAGCGCCCCCGGCUCCGGCGACCAGGCCGAAACUGAAUUUGCAGAAGAGAACUGUUUCUGAAACGGAUCCCGUGGCAUCUCCCGCCGGCAUUUCGGAUUCGAAGUCGAGCCCAUUUGGAGCAGCUCGUCCCGUUGACACCGCAGCUAAGGAGAAGGAGGUUGAAGAAAAGCGUCAACUUGCUCUCCGACAGAAAAGGGAGGCCGAGGAAAAGGCCAAGGCUGAAAGGGCCGAGGAGAAGAGACUGGCAAAGGAGAAAGCCGACUCGGACAAGGAGCGGGUUAAGGAAACGCCCAGCAAGGAGCCCAAGGAGAGCAAGGAGCCCAAGGAGCCUAAGGAGCCUAAGGAGCCCAAGGAGUCCGGCACCGCGAAAGAAAAUGGCGAGGACAAUGCUCAACCUACGCCCAAGUUUGACCUUCUUCGCCGUGCUGACACGGGCAUGAACGAUAUGGUUGCGGAAGAUGAGAAUGAUGAAGAGGGAGAAGAACAGCCUCAGCCAACGGACGACAAAGCAGUGAAACCCAAGCAAAUUGUGCAGACGCCUACAUCUGCAAAGACCAACGGUUCUUGGAGGAAUGGACCUGCACCCCAACCUCCCACACCCAGUACAGCUACAGAACUGGAAGAAGACGGCUGGAGCACCGUGUCCAAGCCGCAAAAGCAGCGCAAUAACCGACGAUACGGCCCGUCGAGAGGAGCGGCAUCCUGA